GUACGUGCUCCUGUUACGUAACUGUCGCCGUCGCUCUACAAUUGGACGCGCCUCGGGACGGCCCGGAUGCGUCGAGUGAGCGAGCGAGCGAGCAAAGAGGCAGAACACCGAGGGUUGGUGACACGACGGCGCUUUCACUGUGGAAGAGCCGCAGUGUUGCGUAAACGCCCGAGGCUAAGAGGUCCUGCUAAACGGCGGCCCGGGCCAUUCGACGUAGGAUCGAGGAAUCAAAGGCUGCCGUGAACGACAGGGGCGGAACGCUGCUGAGGCUGGUAGGCAGGCGAGGCACCUGGGCGCCGCUUUGAGUUUUCUGCAGUGUCAGAAAUGCGAUAUGAUACGAUCUGGCAAGAUGAAUUUGGAGGAGUACUUCAAAAGAAUUGCUUUCCAUGGCUCAUAUGGAAAACUGGAUCUUGAAACACUGAAGCUGAUCCACAAACAACAUGUCAUGUCAAUUCCAUUUGAAAACCUCAGCAUUCACUGUGGUGAGAGGAUCUCCAUGGACCUAGAGGUCAUCUUCAAUAAGAUAGUGAGGCGUGAUCGUGGAGGUUGGUGCCUUGAGAACAACUUUCUGUUUGGCUGGGUGCUGAGAGAAAUGGGCUACAACACUACGACCUUGGGCUGCAGAGUUUUCAACAGUAUCCUCAACGACUUUGGCCCUCUGGAAUCUCAUCUCAUCAACAAGGUUGUCAUUGAAGGAAAGUCUUACCUAACAGAUGUAAGCUAUGGGGUGUCUUCGCAAGUGUGGGAGCCCCUGGAGCUCAUCUCUGGAAAGGACCAACGUCAGGCCGCAGGGGUCUUCCGUCUCAUAGACAAGGGGGACGUCUGGGUGCUGGAGAAGACUGGUAGGAAGCCAGAAGUCGUCAAUCCAGUUUUUGCCAACUCAAGCCUGGUAAACAGGAAGGAAACAAAGCAGAUCGUCUGCUUCACCCUGGCGCCUCGAGAUACAGGUCAUUUCUUUGAGAUAAACAACACACUUCAGACAGAUCCUAAUUCAAUGUUCACCAAUAAGUCCAUCUGCUCUUUGCAAACACCCACAGGAUUCAAAGCCCUGAUUGGCUGGACCUACAGUGAGGUCACCUACAAACCAGAGGAAGGUGUUGAUGUCAUAGACAUGAGGGACAUACCAGAUGAUGAGAUAGACCAAAUUCUGGUGGAAAAGUUCAAGAUAAAGCUGCACAACAAGCUAAAGCCUGUAAACAACAGAGCUUGGUACACACUCUGACAAACCACACAUAUUCUGUUUUUAAAUUUCCCUUGAAUGAUGUUGAUUUCGCAACUGACCAGGGAGAGCAGCUUGUGAAAGAAUCAUCUAUUAACAAUGUUUUGAAUUCAAUGUUUUGUACAAUAAAAACUAUGUAAUUGUA